CGACAAUCUCACCACCACCCCUUGGAUUUCCAAAUCCAUUUAAAAAAAAACCUUGCGCACGUAUUCUCUGUGCCGGCAGAUCGAUCGACGUAUUCCCUGGAUUCUCUUUCAUCUUCCAACUACACACCUUCUUCAUCUUUCAACGGCUGAGCAAGUGUGGGGACGGGGAACUAGGGCAGCGGUUUGCACCGGCUUGUAUUACAAAUCUAUUGAAAUCCAUAUGAUUCCAUGAAAUAAAAUUCCAUAGAAUUCCAUAUGAAUCUCAUGGAAUCUGUAGAAUUCAUUUAAAAUGCAUAGAAUCUACAAUCAUUUAAAAUCCUUUAAAAUCCCACUUGAGGACACCCCCUUAAGAAUCCCGAAAGGAUUCUAAUCAGUCAUUCAAUGCCUCAGGUUGACAUAGUCACAAACUUUUAUCGUCGACUUAGGGAGUGUUUGCUUUUGCUUUUCAAAAGUGAUUUUGUGAAGAGAUUAUUGAAAAGUGUUUUGUAGUAAAAGUUAGUAGUGUUUGAAAAUAAAAGUGAUUUUUGUUAAAAUGUACUCGAAAAAGUUAGUGUUUGAUUAAAAAAGCGAUUUUCAUUGUAAUAUACGUAGUAUAAUUAAAAUACAAAAAUACCCCCAAAUUAAAACGAAAGAGAUACAUGGACGGGACUCUACCCCACUGGCCACUGCCGCAUCCUUUACCUCUUCCCCCCAUUUGCAGAAUUGCAGCGAGGUGAGCACCAAUAGUUUAGGCUACUAGCUGCAGCCUACCUCUUAAAGAUGAGGCCCCUGGCGGGUCACCACAUUGAGGAUGCUGGCAGAUAGCCACUUCGAGGAUGGUGGCGGGUAGCGUGCCGCUGGCAUACAUGCCGCUGUUGGGCCACAGAAUAUUUAUUAAAUAAAGGUGUGACCCAUGAGCCAACAUGGAAUUAGUCGGCCCAAUCCAACCAAGGUAAUUAAGCAGAUAAGGAUGAAGAGCUUUGAACGGGGGAAGUGGAACAAAGUGUGCCUUGCUAACAGCCGAGUUCGUAGGAAUAGGGGCUAAUUUGCCGGGCUGUUUAACCAUCUAGGGAGAUCACGUUCGCAUGGAAUAAUUGUAUAAAAGGAGGAAUAUCUUCCACUAAGUGGAAGCCCAUCUCUUAGUUUUACAAUCAUAUACAACAAGCAUACACGAUCAGAAUACAUCCAUAUUAUUCAACACUCUGUAUUCGAAGCUCAUUAUUAGUACAUAAGCAUCGAUAAUAUAUAUUCUUUCUUCCCAGUACGAAUUCGUCCAUAUUGAUUCAAUAUUGCUUGAUUCCCAUUAUAAUUCUAUUUUAGAUUAGUUUAAUUCUUGUUAAAACAAUUGGCGCCGUCUGUGGGAAAUUCUUGCAAAAAGAGAAUCAAUUAUGGCCGGAAGUUCUAAUUCUUUGGUGACAGAGAUUCAAGCACAACUAGAAGCUCUCAGGGAAGAAAUACGCAUGGCCGGAAAUUCUAAUCAUUCGGCGGUGAAGGUUCAAGCGCAACUAGAAGCUGUCAAGGAAGAAAUGCGGCAGCGGAUCACCCUCCUCCAACGAGAAAACGACGCUCUACGAUCUCAAGUACAAUCGGUGGCAUCCAUAGUAUCCAAUUCACGACAGGAAAAUGAUAUAAUGACCGUGACAACAAGAUUGGACAUGGAUUCAGUUCCGGCUUCAACCCCAACCACGAGCAUCCCAACGCACUUCUUCCCGGAUUCAUUGUGGACCAGAACGGUGGCGUCGGGUUUGCACACAAUCAACCAACAGAUGCCAACUUCGACCACCACGUCGGCUCCCAUGCAUCCUUUCGUCCCUCAUUCCGGAGCCGACAUGCCUGGAAAAUCCGGGCCCUCGACUCGUUCAUUUCCUUUCCCAAAUCCUAGAAGGAACGUAUUCCGUAAUCUGUUUGCAGCGCCCCAGAUACGACAUGUUCCAAAUCAUGUCGACAUCCCCAGACAUGUCGAGAUCAACAACCAGAGGCGGCAAGAGCCGGAGAUCAUCGACAUACCAUCACCGACCGAACGAGGAGUAGCCCAAACGACAACACCACCCGAAGUGGCAGUUCCGCAGAUGCAGACAUACUUGACCGACACUUUGGCCAUCCUCAUGGAGGAGAUGAGGGAGAUGCGGGAAAAAAUCAACGACAUACCUGGAGUCCCGCCACCGCUAGAUGUUGCCUCACAAACGUGCUAUGCGGACUCGCCUUUCGGACGACGUAUCACUGAUGUCGAGAUUCCGAGGAAGUUCGCCGCCCCCUCGAUGAGACUGUUCGAUGGGACUUCUGAUCCGGUGGAACAUGUCGCUCAGUACAAGCAGCAAAUGUUAGUCACCUCAGUCAGACCAGAUCAGCGAGAAGCUUGCAUGUGCAGGGCAUUUGGGACGACAUUGUCAGGACCAGCAUUGACGUGGUUCGUCAACCUACCAAAUGGAGGCAUCAAUUCAUUUGCAGAGCUGGUCAACUUAUUCAAUCGACAGUUUGCAAGUAGUCGAGCCUUGGAGAAGCAAACCAGUGAUCUUUAUCGAGUGGUCCAGAGGCGAAACGAAUCCUUACGGGAAUACUUGCAUCGUUUCAACAAGGAGAAGGUGUCAAUCCCCAGGUGUUACGUGCCGACGACAAUUGAAGCAUUCAGACAAGGACUGCUGGAGGAUUCAGAGUUAUAUCGGGAGUUGACGAAAUAUCCUACUCGAUCCUUCCAAGAUGUCCAAGCAAAGGCACUAGCUUUCAUUCGUCUAGAAGAAGACUUACGAGCCCGUCACGGACAAAUUGAGCAGGAAGGGGGGCACGGGAAAUCAGAAUCCCCCAGGAGGCACGACUACAAGCACAGAAGACCUUAUUCGAGACCAGAAGAACGAGUUGUCACUUCUUUGACGAGGUAGAUUUGACGACAUGAUUGAAGUCGUCGGACAGGGGGCAUAUCGACUGCAAUCUGUCGAGAGUAAGCAAGUACCGAGAAGCUAGAAUGUGGUACACUUAAAACCCUUGCAUUUCUGAUUUAAUAAGUAUAGUCGAUAUACCAUUCUUUUACUUCCAUUACUAACUUGAGCAUCGGAGGGCUGUUGGCCUCAAACCAACGGCCAAAUUAGUCUUUGAAUAGGUGCUGACCGACAAUAGCAAACUGAUCAAACCAGACGAGUAGGUAAAGUGUCAUAGGUAGUCUCUUUGUUCGCAUUUUCAUCACAAAAAUCUUUGUCAACUUCAUUAGUCUUUUCAAUUUCCAUGCAAUUUUCUGUCACAUUUAAUGUUUUCAAUAAUGUCCAAAUAAAUUAAAGUUGUUCGAUUCUCACGUUUCAACUUCAACAUCAUUCGGGUACAUGAUGAUCGGCCUGGUGAGUCCUUUUCCUUUGAUAAAAUCUUAUUUGUUUGCUCCAAUAAUUACUGACUUAAGCAUCGGAGGGCCGUUGGCCAAAAGCCAACGGCCAGACUUUGACGAUAUGUCUGUAUGCAGGAUUUUGACAGCGCAAAGGACAACCGACAUGCGAUACACAUAGCGACAACCGCUAACACAAACCCCGCAACAAGGGAAGGUGGGGCAAACUUGAGUCCUUCAUAUAUGAAAUAUGAGGCACGGACCGAGAAUCCCUACGAGUUUUGGCCAAAACUACACAAAAACAACACAACACAACACAAAAACACACAACAGAAGCAUGUGCUCCAAGAGCAUGACAACACAAACUCCAAAACAUAAGGAGACAAUACAAACGACAUUGACAUAAAUCACAAGUAUUCAUGUCGACGAUAUUACUAAAACCAUAAACGAAACAAUAUUUAAAGUUUUUUGCAGGGUACGGAGCCAAACUCGUCAUUUAUACAACGAGGCACAAAAUCAUAAUUGCCAACCGAAGUGUCGACGUCAACCUGGACGAAGUUACGACUCGCCAGCAUUGCUUAGAUACUAUCAUUAGCACAAAUCUGGAGGAAGAUGACAGGAGACCAGUUUUCGUUCUUCGUCACCUCACUCAAGGAGACAAAUUCGAUCUAAAAACUACUUGCAAAGAUAGUGACAUGUUGAUAGAAGCGUCUAGACAAGCAUAUGACGAGUUAAUGGAAGUAGCAGACGAGUGACAGGUUGAAGGGAGCAUGUCGUUAGAAAAGUGGUGAGUUGACAAAGGCGUCUUGUUAUACAAAUGGCAGGUUGACAAUAUGUCUUAUCAGACAAAGGACAAGUUUAUAUGAGCUGUAUUCAAGGAUGACGUGCAAGAUUUCGACAAGUUGAUGCUUAACGGGUUGACUUGUACGCUCAUACGCCUCAACUUCUCGAAAGGGGGCAAUUGUUGGGCCACAGAAUAUUUAUUAAAUAAAGGUGUGACCCAUGAGCCAACAUGGAAUUAGUCGGCCCAAUCCAACCAAGGUAAUUAAGCAGAUAAGGAUGAAGAGCUUUGAACGGGGGAAGUGGAACAAAGUGUGCCUUGCUAACAGCCGAGUUCGUAGGAAUAGGGGCUAAUUUGCCGGGCUGUUUAACCAUCUAGGGAGAUCACGUUCGCAUGGAAUAAUUGUAUAAAAGGAGGAAUAUCUUCCACUAAGUGGAAGCCCAUCUCUUAGUUUUACAAUCAUAUACAACAAGCAUACACGAUCAGAAUACAUCCAUAUUAUUCAACACUCUGUAUUCGAAGCUCAUUAUUAGUACAUAAGCAUCGAUAAUAUAUAUUCUUUCUUCCCAGUACGAAUUCGUCCAUAUUGAUUCAAUAUUGCUUGAU